CUCUGGAAAAUUCUAAGGCUUUCACAAAUUUUAGAGUUCUUCUUUGUCUCUUUACAGUCAAAUUCGUGGAUUUCUUCGUUCUAUUUCCAGUCGUCAUCUAGUCGGAGGAAAAAUUGCGUAUUUUGAUGCGUCUCAAGUCAUUGAUUUCGUAAUUUGUGGCGUUUAGCCUGAAAGCAGAAUCAUCCUGGCUUGGUUCCCAACUUCUCUCAUUGUACCAAAGAAUGCAAUUUCCGAUGUACAACAAUGGAAGCUUUAAUCCUUCACCAGGAAAUGGUCCUCCUAAUCAGAUGCAUUUGCAACAGAAUCAUGCGUCACAUGCCGCCCCUCCUCCUCCUCCUCCUCCGGUUCAACAAGCAUAUAUGUAUCCGCCUCCUCCACAUCCUGCUUCCUCGGCCACUCAAGCUCAGCUGAACACAACGCCAGGAACAACUCAAUCCUACACAAAUUUAUCAUAUUUGUAUCCCUCUUCACAGGGCGAGAACCAAACUGCUCGUGGGAGCUCACAGCAGUUUCCUUGUCAUCUUCCACCUGUUUCAAUGUUACCUCCCCCUCCACCUUUACCUCCUGGUACUCUUCCAUUUCAUUUUCUACCAAGUUUCCCACUUUCUUUCCCCGCAAGAAGUUUGGAACCUCCUGGGAUGCCUCUUCCCCCACCGCCUCCUCGAUCUUCGUCGCCACUUGUUGCAGACACCGCUUGUGAUAAACCUGAAGCUGCAAAGCAUGUUUGUGAAAGCGUGUCUGUAAAUGGCAUGCUCUGACCAUGAAGGACCUGAUAUUGAAGACGCUAAAUCUUUAAAAGAGAAUUCUUUCCACUGUGAUGAUACUUCUCCACCACUUGAGAGGGCAGGGUAUGGUUCUCCUUUAUGUACUGAUCCUGACAUUGAGAUGGAAGAUGAUAUCACGAUGCCUGAGAAUGAGAAUUACACAAGCCAACCUCUCAACUGUGGUUCUGAUCAAGUUCCUGGGGCAUAUUUGAAAACAGAAGGGGCGCCUCCACAACGUAUUUCCGCUGAAACCAAUUCUAUCACAGGCAUCACCAUAAAUUUUCAAACAGAGCUUCCUGGUUCAAAAUCGUAUGCUCAAAUCCACCAAGAUACAGAUGAUGGUUCCAGACAAGCAUCUUCCUCGCCUUAUUCUGGAAAAGCCAAGAUUGUUCCGGAAUGUGGUCUGGCUGACAUGUAUGAUCCCUUCGUUGACAGCUUUGAACCAGCAUCUGUGAAAGUAGAUUGUGUUCAGGAGCAUGAACCAGUUAAUGACUCAUACACUGUACCGAAGGAGAGCAUUUCCUCAAACAGACCACUGAAUAUGGAAGAAAACAACCAAGGUGUUAUUAAAGAAGUUCUAAGUGAGUCAGACAUGACAGCUCGGGUCAGUGUUUCCUCCAACAUACCACCUGACGUUAAAGAAAACACCACUGGAAACGAUAUUAGAGCAGUGGCUUCUGAAGAUAACGAUGAGUUUGGUGAUAACGUAGAAAACAGAACAGAAGGUAACAGCCAUGAGACAGGGACUCCAGACUCCCAUAACGAGAAUCCGAAAGCAAAUAACAAUGUGCGUAUGGGGAAAAAGUCGCGAGGGGAUUCAAAGGAGAAAGAUUCAUCAAGGUCCAUGAAGCUUUUCCAGGUUGAGCUAACGAAAUUUGUGAAGGGUCUUCUGAAACCAUCGUGGAGGCAAGGGAAUAUGAGCAAAGAGGCGUUUAAGACGAUUGUGAAGAGAACGGUGGAGAAAGUUUCAAAGUCAAUGGAGGGUCGUCGUGUACCCAAAUCAAGAGUUAAGAUCGAUAGGUAUAUUAAUACUUCGCAGCACAAGCUGACCAAACUCGUCAUGGGUUAUGUAGACAAGCAUGUCAAAGCAUAAAAGAUAAGAGAAUCACGUAACAAGUCCCGGCUCUAACCAGAGGGGCGACGUCCAGAUUUUUUUUUCAUGUUUUAAAAUUUGAUAAAAAAAUGGCUCAUGAUCUAUUAUCGUAAAACCGAUAUCAUUCUAUAUCUAUGUGAUUAACAAAAGGGACUCAUAAUCUAAACCUAUUAUGUUGCAUUCUCAAAAA